GACGCACGCGGCCAGCAGGGGACUCACUGCUGCUAAUCAUUUUCAACAAAUGGCACCUGUCCGGUUUAAAGGAAAAAGCCGGGAGGAUGCAAUACUGUUGUAUCCUGGUUCGUUCAUAACUUCAGUUUCCCAACAAACUGGAAAGACCGCAAACUGCAGGUGAAUAAUCAGAUCAGCCGGAACAGGUGGAGGCGACAACUGUCUCGUUCUAGGUUUAGCCUCGAGGACAUUCUAAAACAUGCGUUUGUUUCUACGCCGGCGUAUGUCCCCCCUGAAACUGGUGAUCCUUGGGGGGAUUAUCUUCAUGGUGACCCUAGUGGUUCUCCAGAGGGAUGUUGGCUCUUCAUCUCUUGAUGACCCUUGGUUUCGAGAGCUGGUGGACAAGGGGGACAAGGUGAUGGUAUUGGUCCGAGAUGCUGUCAACAACAUUGGCUUCCAGAUAGGAGCACCACAGCCACCAGCACAUGUGCAGCCCACAGAGGAUAUCAAAUGCCCUGCUGGAUUCUAUGCUCAAGCUGAGCUUAAACCCCACCUUGAGAGACUGCCUCAGGACCCCAGAAGCCCCGGGGCUGAUGGAAAAGCUUUUCAGAAAGACAACAUGUCCCCAGAGGAGGAGAAGGAGAAGGAGGAGGGUAUGACACGGCAUUGUUUCAACCAGUUUGCCAGCGACCGCAUCUCACUUAGCCGUAGUCUUGGGGAUGACACGAGGCCUCCAGAGUGUGUGGAGAGGAAGUUUCGUCGCUGUCCUCCCCUGCCUACCACCAGUGUUAUUAUUGUCUUCCACAAUGAGGCAUGGUCCACCCUCCUGAGGACGGUCUACAGCGUCCUGCACACAUCUCCUGCUAUCCUGCUCAAAGAGAUUAUCUUGGUAGAUGAUGCUAGUGUUGCAGAUCACCUGAAGACCCAAUUGGACGAUUAUGUGAGUCAGCUGAAGAUUGUCCGUGUAGUGAGACAGAAGGAGAGGAAAGGCCUCAUCACUGCCAGGCUGCUGGGUGCCAGCGUCGCUCAAGGCGAAGUGCUAACCUUUCUCGAUGCACACUGUGAGUGUUUCCAUGGGUGGCUAGAGCCCCUGUUGGCCCGCAUUGUUGAAGAGCCCACUGCUGUGGUUAGCCCAGAGAUCACCACAAUUGACCUCAACACUUUUCAGUUCAACAAACCUGUGGCCACAAAUCGCGCUUACAACCGUGGUAACUUUGACUGGAGUCUGACUUUUGGCUGGGAACCAAUUCCAGAGGAUGCAAGGAAGCUGCGCAAGGAUGAAACCUACCCUGUAAAAACGCCUACUUUUGCCGGAGGUCUCUUCUCAAUCUCCCAGAAAUACUUUGAACACAUUGGAACAUACGAUGACAAAAUGGAGAUCUGGGGCGGCGAAAACAUAGAGAUGUCUUUCAGGGUGUGGCAGUGUGGGGGUCAGCUAGAGAUCAUCCCUUGUUCUGUGGUGGGUCAUGUCUUCCGCAACAAGAGCCCUCACACCUUCCCCAAGGGCACAGAGGUCAUCACUCGCAACCAAGUGCGCCUGGCUGAGGUCUGGAUGGAUGACUACAAGAACAUCUACUAUCGCCGCAGCAGCAAUGCUGAACGUAUGGCCCGUGAGAACAAUUAUGGGGACAUCUCUGAACGUUUGAAUCUGAGAGAGAGGCUUCACUGCAAGAACUUCAGCUGGUACUUAAACACUGUCUACCCAGAGGCCUUCAUUCCUGACUUAACCCCACUAAAGUUUGGAGCAAUUAAAAACUCAGGAUCUAAUACCUGUCUGGAUGUUGGAGAGAACAACCAGGGAGGUAAAGCAGUGAUAAUGUACCAAUGUCACAACAUGGGAGGCAACCAGUACUUUGAAUACACAUCUCAUAAGGAGCUGCGUCAUAACAUUGGAAAGCAGCUGUGUCUUCAUGCCACACCCCAGCCGGAACCAGUGAAGAUCGAUCUAUGCCAGCUGAAGGGGAAGGGCACGAGUUUGUCGCCACAACAGGAGUGGGUCUUUAUAGAGGAAAAGCUUCUGAAGAAUCCCAGUAGCGGGAAAUGUUUACAGCUGAAAGAAAGCCAGGUUCAGAUGAGCGACUGUAAUGCUUUUGAUGUCUAUCAGCACUGGACUUUCAGCUGACCUCCCAGUCUGCCCAUCAGGUGACCUCUGGCACCUUGUGACCCCUUCCUCAGACUCUGUUCCAAGUAGCCAACUCAAGAUUGAUCCAGAAGGGCUUCAUGCUGCGGAGCUAGAGGCAUUUGGCCAUACUGAGUUGACAAAUUAAGGUGGAGGACUAAGUAAAGACAGUCACAUCUGUUGAAGAGCCUCGGGUUGGCCUUAACGGUUUAAGACAAAUAUUUAUGAUGGAAACUCCAGAAAAACAUUUAAAGGUGGUUGGGGACUAUCGAACAGAGAGUGGACGUCAGGAGUUGCACCUUAAAUGUGGGGCGAUGACUGUCAACUGCAGUGAUCUUAAUUCAAUGAAUUCACACUCCAGCUUGGAAAAUCACUAUUUAGUGACUUUUUUUGUCUGACAAUGAAUGUUAAAAUUUGUUUUACCAAAGAGUAAGAGUCUUUUUUUUAAAUAAAAAUUCUGAUUUGUUGGAUCAGAUAAAUGGUUA